AUGCGUACUCCAAGGGAUCCACAACAACAAGAAUCUGCUUCUGAUAUUGACAAAACUUCACUUGAUGAAAGAUUGCCUAAUGGAAUCCCUGGAAAUGGUUCAAUACCUUUAGGAAAACCAAAAUCUACUAUUGUAAUCACACCAAGUUCACCAACACCCUCUAUUUUGCAGCAGCAUCGAAUUCUUCCUCCUUUAAGAAUGCCUGAUGUUGAAGAAGAAGGAAUAGAAAAUAAUAAUAAUGACGGGGAUAUUGGAGGAAGUAAUAAUAGACAAGCAUUAAGAAGAAAUAGUGAAAAUAAUACAGAAGUAAAUAUUAGGGGUGGAGGAAGUAGAAGUUUAAUUGGAAGAUUUCGACGAGGAGCAAGAGUAGCUCCUGGAAACGAAGAUAUAGCUUUACAAGAACAUCCAAAUAUACAACAACCAACCAUUAGAAGAUUUCAAGAACUACAAGAAACGCCAUUAUCUGCUAGAUCAACUUCUGUCGUUCAAUCAGAAGGAUUUGAUGAACAACAAGUGAGAAGGGCUGAUUCAAUGCAAGCAUUGACAGGGGGAGCAACGAAUCCUAUAGCCAGGAGAAGAGAAAGUGCUGCAACUAAUGAUUCAAUUGUUUAA